AUGGCAACAAAGCACACGUAUUCAGUGCUUCUACCGACGUACAACGAGCGGGAGAAUCUGCCAUUAAUUGUGUGGCUGCUAGAUAAGACAUUCACCGACAACCAACUCAAGUAUGAGAUUGUCAUUGUAGAGGACAAUAGUCCAGAUGGGACAUUGCAGGUGGCUCGAGACUUGCAGAAGAUUUACGGUAAAGAGAAGAUUGUGAUUUUGGCACGAAAAGGCAAAUUAGGACUGGGAUCGGCGUAUCGUGACGGUCUGAAGAAGGCAACAGGAGAUUUUGUAUUCCUCAUGGACGCUGAUCUUUCACACCAUCCAAAGUUUAUUCCAGAGUUUAUCAAAAAACAGGCAGAAGAUAACUAUGAUAUCGUCACAGGGACACGUUACGUGUCGGGCGGUGGUGUGUAUGGAUGGGACGUGCGUCGUAAGCUGACGAGUAGGGUGGCCAACUAUCUAGCAACGGUGUUGCUGAACCCGUCCGUGACGGAUCUUACGGGUAGCUUUCGACUGUACAAGCGCGACGUCAUUGAGGACAUUAUGAGCGCCAUACAGGGUCUGGGCUAUGUUUUCCAAAUGGAAAUUCUCGUACGUGCUCGUCAACGCCAGUACUCGAUUGCAGAGGUGCCAAUCACUUUUGUGGAUCGUAUCUAUGGCGAAUCAAAGUUGGGUGCCGGUGAGAUCAUCGCGUACCUCAAAGGUCUGCUCAACCUUUUCUUUACGACGUAA